AUUCAUACCUUCAAAACAAGUAACAGAGUUCAAUCAAAAACAGAGAAUUAGAGAAUUAUGAUUAGUGGAAUGAUCUCUACUGGAAGCCAUGCCAGGUUCCACACCAUCUCCAAAUCCAAACUCUCAACCCAAACAUCUUCUCACCUUAGCAUCAAUACCCAUUUCUCAAAACCAAGCUUUUCAUUGAGAACUCGUUCCAAGUCAAUCAGAACCACCAUGAUUAAGGCCUCUGCCACCUCUACAGAAGCCGCUGUUGAUAACAUUUAUACCAGUACUCAGACUUUUUAUGAUCUGCUUGGCAUCUCGGAGGGUGGAACGCUCUCAGAGAUCAAGAAAGCUUAUAAGCAACUUGCCAGGAAGUACCACCCUGAUGUGUCACCGCCGGGAUGCACAGCGGAGUACACUAAGAGAUUUAUUCAGGUGCAGGAGGCUUAUGAGACCUUGUCUGACCCAAAAAGUAAAGCCUUGUAUGACAGGGACAUAGCUGGAGGCCUAGACUUGCACAUGAUUUUCUCCUCUAGAAAGCGAUCCUGCUCUGGCGAGGGAUUGGAUGAAGAUACAAGUGAGUGGAAAGAGAGGUGGCAAUCUCAGCUUACAGAGCUAAUCAGGAUGAGUAAUUACAAUGAUAUGCAGAGCAUCAGCUGGGGAGCUAAAAUGCGAAGCCAAAAGAUUUGCAGAAAUUAGAAAGCAAUUUUUCCUUCCAUAGACUAGGAAAGCAAUGUAUAUAUUAUCUUUGUCGUUUUCUUUUUCUCUCUGUUUCUCAGGAAUCCUUUUUAAUCCUGAUGAGAAGAAGAAGAAGAAGAAGAAGAAGAAGAAAAGCUGUUAACAUGAUGACUCUGUGGUGUUAAUUUUCCGGCCAAAUUAUUAAGUACAUAAAACAGAGUUGUUGGAACGCCUGUUUGGUUGUUCUUUCUCGGAAAAUUUGAAGCUUAUGGUUCCCUUUACUUUUUCAUAUCUGAACUAGAUUGAGAAUAAAGCUUAGAUGUAUUUUAGUUAGACUAUUGACUUGAGAUAGU